CACCGUAGCUUUCUACCUUUGCUUGUCGCCGACACUGUGCAACCCUGUUUUAGUAUUAUUGUAGCUGUUCGUUCUUUCUUUGUUCCCUUUCUACCUUUCCUCGAAGCAGGUGCAUGGCUGACCGAGCUUCGGACAUGCACCGCCAUCCCCACGUGGGCAGCCGGCCGCCCCCACCCGAGCAGCAGCGGCCGCUUCCGCGUGAGCAGGGAGGCAAUGCGGCGCAGCCCGAGGGGCAGCGGAGUGACCCGCGGAUGAGGAUGGAGCGGUCUGCUCCCCGGAAGCACCCCAGCUACCGCGGCAUCCGGUACCGGAGCGGGAAGUGGGUGUCGGAGAUCCGCGAGCCGCGCAAGGCCAGCCGCAUCUGGCUGGGCACGUACCCCACCGCCGAGAUGGCUGCCGUGGCCUACGACGUGGCCGCUUACGCGCUCCGGGGCCGGGACGCCGUGCUGAACUUCCCCGACGAGAUCGCAUCUCGUCCCGUGCCGGCCUCGGCCUCCCCCGCCCAUAUCCGCAUGGCAGCGGCCGAGGCAGCCGCUUCGCUGAUGCCGAGGACGGGAGCGGGUGACAGCAGUACGGCCGCUUCGCAUCAUCAUCAUCAUCAGCAGCAGCAGCAGGUCGGAAGCCACAGCGGGUCAUCUCCUGGCUCGGAGGAGCAAUAUGUAGAUGAGGAGGAGAUAUUCGACAUGCCCCAGUUGUUGGUGAACAUGGCGGAAGGGAUGCUGAUGAGCCCACCAAGGCUGAGCCCGCAUGGCUCCGAGGACUCGCCGGAGGCCUCGGAGGGGGAGAGCUUGUGGAGUUAUCCUUAGAGAUAUGGUGCAGGAUC